AUGUCAGAUAACAGCGGAUCAACUGGUGGUAAUAAUGUUAAAGAUAAAAUUUAUAAAAUUUUAGAAGCAAUGGGAAUUGAAAGAAACCCCAAAACUUUUGGAGGGAAAUUUUUAAAAGGUUUUCAAUUAAUUACAAUUCCAUUAUUUAUUUUUAUUUUGGCAUCAAAGCCAUAUUUUGAAGAAAGAAAUUUAUCAAACAAACUAUAUAAUGAAAGAAGAUUGGAGGCAUUAGAAAUGCAAAAAGCCAAGGAAAGAAGCGAAAAAUUUGAUAAAGAACACCCAGAAAUAGCAAGAGAAUUAGAAAACUACCAAAAAUCAUUAGAACAAAUGAAGAAUAAUAAUGGUAAUAAAUAA